AUGAUUUCGCUUACUAGUACAAUUAUUUGUAGAGUUGCUUUUGGUCUUAGGUUUGAUGAAGAAGGACAUCAAAGGAAGAGAUUUGAUUAUCUUUUACCCGAAGCUCAAGCCAUGACCACUAGCUUUUUUGUGUCUGAUUGUUUGCCCUUAUUAAGUUGGAUUGAUAAACUUACUGGAUUAACAAAUCGACUUGACAAAAUCUUUAAGGAUUUGGAUGAGUUUUAUGAAGAACUGAUUGAGAAACAUCACAAUCCCAAUAGACCAAAAUCCAUGGAAGGGGAUAUUCUUGAUCUUUUGCUUCAAUUGAGGAAAGAGAAGUCCACUCCAAUUGAUCUCACUUUGGAUGAUAUCAAAGGAAUUCUCAUGGUAAUUCUCCCUCUCUCGAACCUAUCUACUUCUACAUACAUCUCGGACACUAGUGCAGCUGCAGUAGUAUGGGCAAUGACAGCCUUGAUAAAAAAUCCAAAAGUAAUGAAGAAAGUCCAAAGUGAAAUCAGAGAAAUAAUUGGGAAAAAAGGCAUUGUGAAUGAAGAUGAUAUCCAAACUAUGUCCUACUUCAAAGCCGUGAUAAAAGAGACAUUUAGAUUUUAUCCAUCAGGUCUAGUGUUAGUACCAAGAGAGACAAUGCAAAAUUCCAUACUAGAUGGAUAUGAAAUUAAACAGAAAACUAUAGUUCAUGUCAACAUUUGGGCAAUUGCAAGGGAUCCUGAAAUAUGGGAAAAUCCAGAAGAAUUUAUACCUGAGAG